AGGAGGAGUUGUAAGAAAGCAAAGCAAAGAAAGGGAAAUGGCAAUAACUCUUAACAAUGGCUUCGAAAUGCCAAUAAUGGGGCUUGGAGUUUGGCGUAUGGAGAAUAAUGAAAUCAAAGACCUCAUUAUCAACGCCAUUAAAAUUGGUUAUCGCCAUUUUGACUGCGCCGCUUAUUAUAAAAGUGAGGCUGAAAUAGGUAAGGCACUAGUAGAAGCGAUACAGAGUGGACUUGUGAAAAGGGAAGAACUUUUCAUUACCUCAAAGCUAUGGAACUCAGACCAUGGACAUGUUCUUGAGGCUUGCAAGAACAGCUUAAAGAAGCUUCAACUAGAAUAUUUGGAUCUAUACUUGGUGCACUUCCCAAUGGCCACAAAGCAUACAGGAGUGGGCAAUACUACUAGUAGUGAGUUAGCUGAAGAUGGAAUGUUGGACAUUGAUACAACUAUAUCUUUAGAAACCACUUGGCAUGCCAUGGAAGAUUUGGUUUAUGCAGGUUUAGUUCGCAGUAUCGGAAUCAGCAACUAUGACAUAUUUACGACAAGAGAUUGUUUGGCAUACUCAAAAGUGAAGCCUGCUGUGAACCAAAUUGAAACACAUCCUUACUUUCAAAGAGAAUCUCUUGUCAAAUUUUGCCAAAAGCAUGGGAUUUGUGUCACAGCUCAUACUCCUUUAGGGGGCGCUGAUGCAAAUCCUCAACUUUUUGGUACAAUUUCUUGUCUCCAAGAUCCUCUUCUUCAGGAACUCGCGGAGAAAUAUGGGAGGAGCCCUGCUCAAAUUGCCCUAAGAUGGGGGAUUCAAAGGAACACAGCGGUAAUACCAAAGACUUCAAAACUGAAGAGAUUGGAAGAGAAUUUGGACGUUUUUUAUUUUAAGCUUACAAAGGAGGAUAUGGAUCUCAUCAAAACUAUUGACAAGAAAUAUAGAACCAAUCUCAUAUCAACACUGGCUUGGGGCAUGGAUAUAUAUGCUUAACUCACUAUAAUUUAAUUAUUAUGUGAUUAACAUAUAUAACUAAGUGGUUAUGAAAAUAUUUCUACCCAAGUAUUUUUGGUCGCCCAAGUGAAAUGAAUAAGUGUUGGUAUUUAGGUUGUGAACUUUUGGACUGUUGCAUGUGAAAAUGUUCAAAUAUUUAUAUUAUAAGAUCGAAUUGAUGAUGUA